AUGCAUCUCAUGUUCACCAUCGACGACGCCGGCAAGCGCGUGUACACCCUCAAGAAGGUCGUCUCGGGCGCGGUCACCAAGUCUGCGCACCCGGCCCGCUUCUCCCCCGACGAUAAGUACAGCAGACAUCGGGUCACGCUGAAGAAGAGAUACGGGCUGCUGAUGACGCAGCAGAAGGAUCUCAAGGUUCUGGGGCAGUAG